UACUUGUCAAAAUAUUUAUGAACUUAACAUUUAUUACAAAAUUUGAAAUAUUUAUUGAGAUAUUAUUUAUGUACUAGCCCCUCAGAUGGAUAAAUCAGAGGAUUUGGAGCUGCUUGACCCCAAAGAUUAUAGCAUAGAUGAGAUCUCUGCCCAAUUUGAGUCCUACAAGAAACGUCGUCUUUUGGAACAAUUAGAGGUGACAAAUAGAUUAAACAAUAACUUUGCUUUAAAUGGAGAACUAGAUGAUUUGCGUGCCAGUAUAGACAAUUUGAGAUUGGGUCUACAGAAAUUGCAAAAUGACCAGCGGCGAUUUGAAUUAGAUGAUCUUAAUGCCAUCACAGAAGUGCCUUUUGCAGCGAGGGAAGAGAGUAAAGAGGAACAAGCGAAUAACUUGGAGGAUUCACUGGUCAUACGAUGUGGUUCAAGGCAAUGCAUCUAUGAUGGCUGCAAUCGUCGUGUCGAUAGUCAACUGCUUCUACUUCAUUAUAUAACUGAUCACAGUGAUGCCAGUGGUGAGCCUAUGAAUGUAGAAGGUUGCCAUGCCAUAAGUCCUGGCCAAAGGAUUACAUUCACAUUUCAACCCAAGCAUUUGCACAUACGUGAUAAUCGAGUAUUGGGUAUAUUAUCCUACAAUGGAGGUGGAUCAGGAGAUGGUGGACAAGAGAUUCAGUUACCAAUUGUUGUUCUCAUCUGCAAAGUAGCUGCCAGUGUCGCUUUGAACAAUAAGAGUCUAGUGGAAUCUCUCAAAGCUCGUGCUAAUAUGAUGGAUCAAGUAUACAUCAUUUGGUUAAUUACACCCCAAAAUAAGCUCAAGUUAAAUGCUUCAUUGAGUUUGUGUGGCCGCAAUCCGGCCCUGACGAUGACUAAAGCAGUCUCUGUGCAUUGGCUCAAUCAUUGUGAGGAAUUAAGCCAUUAUAUGCCUGUGGAUAAGGAGCAUUGGCGUCUGCCAUUUAACGAAAUGCGACACAUUUCAAAUAAUUUUCGUGAUGAAUUGAACUUGGCGAUCAGCCUAACCGAAUCGUAGUAAAUUUUCUUUGUUUAUAUGUGUUAUCACUUACACUGUAAUUAUUUUGUAAAGCCUUGCAUUUGGCCUGUUCGUCGUCGUCGCUUAGCUCCGAGAUGCGUUUAUCCAAUGCCUAAUUGCAAAAAAUAAAGUUUUAGUUAUUAUAUAA